UAUUUAAAGUAUCUUAAUCAGCUUGAUUGAUAAUACUCCGAUUGGUUAAUCGCUUAAAAGAUAUCAGAAUUAGGCUAUCCGAUAUUGCCAUCGUGGAUGGCAAAUGUGUUUAACAAUUAUUUAUUAGAAACUGUAAUAAAAAUGAGGGUGUUCCUACUACUCCUAAGUCUGUUCUCUGCAUCAUGGGCAGUAGAACAGGUAGCAAAAAAGCCCAGGGUCGUGGAGAUGACUCUAGGAGUAGACAUGAAGCCCCCCGAGGAAUGGGCCAGUCUGCCCACAAGGAAUGUCGUCACUAGCUACAUGCCCAUGCCACUUGAUCACUUUGACCCUCACAACACAGAAACUUUUAAUAUGAGAUUUAUGUAUAACGAAGAAUUUUUUGGUGGCGAUGGUUCUCCCGUAUUUAUCCUCGUUGGUGGAGAGUGGGACAUUAACGCGGCUUGGUUGCGGGCUGGCAACAUGUAUGAGCUGGCGAGAGAGAACAAAGGAUACCAGAUAUACACUGAACAUCGCUAUUAUGGUCAGACUAGAAUUUUCGACGAAUUCACUACAGAAAACUUGCGUUUCUUGAACAUAGACCAGGCCCUUGCUGACCUCGCGUAUUUCAUAGUAGAGAUCAAGAAACAGUCGCGCUUUGCUGACAGCAAAGUGAUACUGUACGGAGGUUCAUAUGCUGCUAACAUGGUGAUGUGGUUCAAAAAGCGCUAUCCGCACUUGGUGGUCGGCACCGUCGCGUCUAGUGGACCGAUUCUGGCUAAAGUUGAUUACACUGAAUACUUGGAAGUAGUGCAUGAAGCCUUCUUGCUGGAGGGGGGAGAACAGUGCAUAUCACACAUUCGACAAGGAAUAAAUGACACACUCGCCGCGUUGCGCACAGAAUCUGGAAGACGCAUGGUCGAACAGGCGUAUAGGCUUUGUGCCCCAUUCGAUUACGACAAUGUCUUGGACUUAGGAUACUUUGCGGGACUCAUCACUUGGAGCUUCUCCGGUGCAGUGCAGCGAGCAAGACCGGGAACUCUAUUAACUGAAUGUAACAAUUUCCAGGCUGGAAAUUAUGGAUCAACUCCAAUGGAACAGAUUGGUGGAUUCAUCGCGGCCAUCCAAGGGUUAAGCUCAGGUGGCUGCUGGAACGUUAAUUUUCAAGCAUUGCUCAACGCAUACAGUGGUAGAACUAAUUCUCGUGCUUGGUAUUAUCAGACUUGCACUGAGUAUGGAUUUUUCCAAACUGCGCCCCGUUCCGGCACUGUGUUCGAUGGUUUGACGUGGCUUGACGUGGAUUUCUAUACAGAAGUUUGCCUUAGAAAUUUUGACAGCAGAUUUAACAAAGAUUUCGUCCUUGCUGCGGCUGACCGUGUUAAUUUAGUAUUCGGGGGCCUUGGGCCUGAAGUGAACAACACUAUCAACAUCCACGGAUACAUCGAUCCUUGGCGGGCGCUUGGAGUUUAUAAGGAAGACAUUUCAGAGACCUCUCCUACUUUUACUGUAAACAGGGCAUCCCAUUGUUUCGACAUGCAAGGCUGGCUGCGUACUGACACCAUAGCGAUGACGGCUGUGCAGCAAAGAGCAAGGAGAAUCGUUGCGUCGUGGCUAUCGCAAUAAAAUAUAGCUAACACAAUUUUCAUCUUUAACUAUUGAAAUAAAAGCAUCUCAAAGCUUCGACUUCAUAGAAUGGGAACCUACGGAUGACCACGCUAAGAUGUUCAGCAAGAAACAAGGAGAAUAGUGGCGUCCUGGCUAUCCUUUUAAAAUAUCGUAUCGUUUUAGGGACACUCGUAGUAAUUUUAAUAUCACUAUAAAAUUAAUAGCCACACUGCCAUAUAGAUAAAUUCCUUACAUUUACCUACAUGUUGGUAAAUAAGUAAGAAAUAAUGUGCUAUUUUUUAAAUUAACAUUUGAAUUGGCUUUCAAAAUCCAAAGUGUUGAAUUAAGUUUCCCUGAUGAUGAGGAAUAAUCGAUAUUUAAUUAAUUAUUUAUAUGCAGUAACGCAAUUUUAUUUAAUAUUAUUUAUGUUCAAUAUCUCUUACCUUUGUGUUUUCGCAAUACAAAUCAUUUAUUAAAAACAAUAAAA